CCAUUGACACGUACACACAAAAUCCACGCAUUACCAAAGAAUAAGUAGCAUGUAACACAUGUGUGUGCGUAGCUUACCGACCAUCAACCAAAGCCAAUGCAACCGUGUGCAAUCAUGGCACAGUUAAUCACCCUGAUAUCGCUUAUAUUCCUCAUAUUUUUAGCCAAAACUUUUAUCAAAACAGCAGAGAGCCAGAGUGAAGAUUAUACCGCACCAAUUUCGACGUAUGAUGAGUGGUAUCAGAGCGGUAUGAGUUCCUACACGAAUGGCGACUGGGAGGACACAAUUUACUACUUCGAGAAAUCUCUCGAGGAGUUUAAAUUCUACCGGAAGGGGCUCGUGGAGUGCCGCCUGAAAUGUCGCAAUUUAACCCGUAACCCGGCCCUGCUGAAUGUGGACACGGCCGUAGAUGAGAUGAAAUAUUUUCAGGGACUUUUUAUGAAAGCGAACUGUGUGAGGAAAUGUAAGUUGGAGAAACUUGGAAAUAGACCGCAGAUAAUCAACCAAGAUGUGACUGAUAAGUUUCUAAGUAGAAUGCCGUAUAGCUACCUGCAGUUUGCUUACUACAAGAGUUUUGAGUAUGAGAAGGCAGUAGCCGGCGCCUACACAUAUCUACAAUGGAACCCGGAUGAUGAGAUUAUGCAGAAUAAUCUAGAUUAUUAUCGGAAUCUACAUGGGAUUACCGAGGAGCACCUAGUGGAUUUAGAAGAGCAGCUUCAUCAUAAAUAUUUUUUGGUGGGAUACGGCGCGUACCAGGCUGGAGAUUUCCCUGUGGUGAUCCACAACAUGGAGGACUCUCUGAAGGAGUAUUGGAAGGCGGAUGAUGAAUGUCGAGCCCUCUGUGAGGGCAAAUAUGAGAACAGGGAAUUCAUGGAUCUUUAUGAAGCCAUUUCUAACCAUUAUGCGUCAGUUCUCUUCUGCAAGAGCCAGUGUGAAGAAUGGAAUUCCAGAAUGCAGGGGAAGUACGUGGAGAACUACCUAGCGAAUCAUUUUCACUUCCUGCAGUUCGCUUACUACAAAGAGAGGAAAGUUGAGAAAGCUGUCGAAGCCGCCGCCACCUUCCUCGUCCUGGUCCCGAAUGACUCGACGAUGAUCUCCAACAUGGAGUUCUACGAAGAGGAAGAAGGCACCAAUAAGUACACUAUCAAACCUAUUGAGGAGGUGGUUGAGUACCAGAAGAGGAAAGACAUGGAGGUUAAGAUGCUCCAGUUUGCCAAGAUGAGGUUCUGGGGCGAGGAGGAUCAAGAGUACUUGGUGGAGACCUACAUAGACGGUGCUAAGGAGAUGACGUACACCGAGGAGGCAGAGCCUAUCAAUCCAGAUGAAGUCCGCCUCCGUAUCAACUCGGUCAUCGAAGACCGUCUUGCGCAAAGCUGGGCUGACCUCAACAUCAAUGACCGCGCCGAGUAUUUGAUGAAACCGGAGGAAGUCUGGGAUGAGGGAGAUCUAAACGACGAUGCGGAGAUGGGUAUCGUUGAGCAUUUUCCUGAGGGGGAGAAUUAUGGAAAGCCAAAAGAAGUCUGGCCGGAUGCGGAGGAUUUUUUAGACGAAGAGGAGGAUGAUGAUUUUAUGCGGGAGUACUCGCCGGAGCCCAGAGUUGUUUACAACGAUGGGACGGAAGAUGUUAAGGAUGAAGAUGUUAACGAUGGAGACGUUGACGAUGAACGUGCUAAAGAUGACGCUAAGGUGCUACGAGAUUCGCGCAAUGAGGAGAAGUCAGUUAAAGAUUCUCCCAUUAAGGAAAAUACCAAAGAGGGAAGUCUGAUUGGCGAUAAUCUUCCAAGUGCGGAAGAAAAUUCAGACAAACCGUCAACUGCGGACAAAGAAAUCUAUGAGGAUCCUAACCUUGGUUAUGACAUCAAGGAUAAUAGUAAUAUGAACCUGCCUAACCUAAAGCCGACAGACGCAGACACCGAAUCAAAAACUGUCGAGAAAGAGAAAGUAGAUUUUACCAAAAAUGGAUUAACGAACAGAAAGAAGAGGCGACCGUUAUCAAAAGAUCUCAAUGAAACCUCGCAGGAGAGUGGAGCAAAUUUCAGGUUGAGUAGGAACAACACGGAAGAAGUAGAAAGUGUCUCAGCGUUGGAGAAAUUAAGGAUCGUCGCUAAAGAGCAAGACCUCUUACCGAGCGGUCCGCCGAGGUUUGGGCCGUCCAUUAAUGGAAAGAAAGAGGUCGAGGGAGAAGCGCCGGAGGAGGUGCCUUCGUACGUACCGUCUCUUGACGGCGUCAAGCUCUACAUGAAUGCAGGAAUGCUAAACGGGACUAGUAGGAUGGCAGCUGAUAAUAUCGCAUCGCAGUUGGAGUGUGAUAACCUGUUGAAACUUAUGGAGAUUGAAUCAAAGUACGGUGACGGCUACAAUGGCAAAGCCUACCCUCAUACAAAGUUUGAAUCGUUUGAAGGCAUGACUGUUGGAGUGGCCGUCCAUGCUGCCAAGGUUGGUAGAGUUCCUCUUAUCCUACCAGCAACCUACAUGCACUUGGCGGAGAAGAGUCGUAUCUUUAUGAAGAAGUAUUAUAACUUGAAGAAGGAGCUGUACUUCUCUUACACACAUCUUGUUUGUCGGACAGCUGAGCCAGAUUCCACCGCCAGUCGUAACGAUCCCAGCCACCCCAUCCAUGCCGAUAACUGCCAGAUCGACGAGAGGGGAGUCUGCCAUAAAACCUCCACAUCAUUCACCUGGAGAGACUGGAGCGCCAUUUUGUACCUCAACAAUAACUUCGUCGGUGGGGACUUCGUCUUCGCCCAUCCCAAUUUCACGAUCCAGUCCAUCGUCAAUCCAAAGUGCGGACGUCUUGUGGGCUUCUCAGCAGGCGUUGAGAACCUCCACGGCGUCAAAGGCGUCAUAUCCGGACGGAGGUGUGCCCUCGCUCUCUGGUUUACCGAAGACCCGCGCUACCAGGAGAGCGAGUUUAAUGCGGCCAUGGAGACGUUUCGAGAAACGUGGGAGGAGCAGGAGACCAUGAAGAGAAGUAGAAAAACCGCAGAGAGGACAGAGUUAUGAGUUAUGGUCGUCUAACGUCUCCAUAGAAGUAGACACUGGAGAAUGCUGAGCUCGACUUCCCCGUGUGUCAUAUCGCACAAUACGCGUGUAUGGCAAAAAUGAUCCUCACGCGACAUGCGUGUUUGGCAAAAUGGCAACGCACUGUAGACCGUUUCGAUGUGUUUUCAUUGGUCGAUGUUCGUGACGUCUUCUGAAUGAAAAAAUUCUAUCACUGACGCAUGUGUUUGGCUAAAGAGUCACAUAAUAACAUAUGCUAAUUUUGCCAUACUCGCGUUCAAAAAAUGUCGUACGCGCAACAAUAAAAAUAAACUCACAAAAUGUACUCUACAAAACUGCAGGCACAAUGUCGCGCUCUGCAUUCUCCGGGUUCUAUUUCUAUGAUUGUCUCAGAACUUGGUCGCUUCUCAGGUCGUAUCUGAAAAACCGGCUACAGCUACGAUUGUUGCUAAGUUCUAUACUACAACAUUAGUUGCUUCUAAGGCCGUAUCCGAAUAAGCGGCUACAGCUACAGUUAUGGCUGUUGGUAAGGGUGUCGCUAUCACCCUAAGCGUGAAAAAGAAUCACUGAUUUCUCAACAAGAUACUAUUUGAUAUAGAACACACAGAACAUAAAUAUGACUUGUCUGGUUACAAACAGCAAACAAACAUAAACAAUCGGCUGGCUCAGCCGCGAUUUCCCAAUGCUUGCAGACCCGCCCAGGCUAUACUGCAGAAAUGGCAUUGCCUUUGCUAGAUGUAGAGGAGGCACUGUACUGUUAGUUGUGAAAUUAAAGUUGAAAAAAAUACUCAAAGCAGGCGUUGAAGACACAACACAGAGCUUCGUUAAGUUUUUAUUAUAAAUACCCGUAAUACCAAAAAAGGUUUGUCAAAAUUUCAGACACAAGCAUGUGGUCAUUUUUAAAAACACAUUUUGAUACACUUUGCUUACCAAAGAAAAAGGUGACCAACAAAUUUUUGUAAUAUUUGUUCUAUACAUUUUUUAUUCUUUAACUGGUACCUUUUGCAAAGUAGCUUCGUGAAAGACAGACUCUCUCGUCAAACCGCAAUUCUUUUCCAGUUUGUGAACUUGUCCUUUUGCUGGUAACUGUCUAGUAAAGUUAAAGCAUCAAAUUAAUGGUUCGUCUAGGUUUACCCUCUUGCCAUGCUUUAUCCUACUCGCAUUAUGUGUUUAAAAUCACACCCUAACUGCCCGACAACCACCUUCACAAUUUGUAUAAUAAUAUAAUAAUAAUAACCGUAUUUAUAACGCGCCUUUUGCCAAAGGAUACAAAGCGCCAGG